AUGACCUUUGCGAGCAUCACCACCAGUGCAAACAACAUCGGGGACUAUGUGAUCAUGGAGACCUCUGAUGGAGAAUUUCUCGAAAUCACGGCCUCCUCCGCAUUGGCCAUACAAUCAAACCUCCUUCAAGACAUCACUGAGCUUUAUGCAUCGGAUCCUACACCAAUCAGGGUCCCGGAUGUUGAUAAAAAAGCUUUGCUCCUGUUAGUCAAGUUGUGUGAAACUGAGGCCAGCAGACAAGAUCGGCAGAUUGCACGGGAUGUGAAGAAGAUCAAGCGUUUGUCGAGCGCGGAUUUGAUCCAGCUUUGGCAUGCUGCUGACUUCCUGGGCCUCCAACAACCCUUCAAUCGGAUCGACUCGGAGUUGAAGGACCGGCAAAGACUCGCUGAGAAUCGAGCCAAGCCGGAUCCGGAGCAUCGAAGAGCUGAAGAUUGUAAGUUCUGUUUCAAAGCGUUC